AAGAGCAACAUCAAGCACACACAAUGGGUUAAAGCCUUCAAUCCUUGCUUUAAUAUCUAAGUCCCGGGCACACCCAGCAGAGCUCUCCAAGGCAUCCUGCACCAUGUCGAAGAGUUCUGGAGGGGACAGAUGGCUAAAUGAGCUUGGCUACAAGCUGGGCCAAACGCUGGGGGAGGGCAGCUAUUCAAAAGUAAGGGUAGCCACCUCAGCCAAGUACAAAGGCCCUCUAGCCAUCAAAGUAGUAGAUCGACGCCGGGCACCCCCUGACUUUGUACACAAGUUUCUCCCACGAGAGCUGUCCAUCUUACGGGCAAUUCGUCAUCCCAACAUUGUACGUGUUUUUGAAUUCAUUGAAGUUUGCAAUGGGAAACUUUAUAUUGUGAUGGAAGCUGCUUCAACUGACUUGCUACAACUGGUGCAACAACUGGGGAAGCUACCCUGCAUCCCGGAAGCUCGAGACAUCUUCCUCCAAGUGGUGAGUGCUGUACGUUACUUGCACGACCGGAAUUUGGUGCAUCGGGACCUUAAAUGUGAAAAUGUACUACUCACCGCAGAUGGACGUCGAGCAAAGCUGACUGACUUUGGCUUUGGCAGGGAGUCACGUGGGUAUCCGGAUCUGAGCACCACAUACUGCGGCUCUGCUGCCUACGCCUCCCCAGAAGUGCUGCUGGGCAUUCCCUAUGAUCCCAAGAAGUAUGAUGUGUGGAGUCUGGGAGUAGUGCUGUAUGUGAUGGUUACUGGAUGCAUGCCUUUUGAUGACAGCCACAUUCAUAGUAUGCCCCGCCGCCAAAAGAAGGGGGUGUUCUAUCCUGAGGGUCUCCCUCCCUUACCUGAACCCUGCAAAUCCCUCAUUGCCCAGUUGCUUCAGUUUAGUCCAGCUUCCCGACCUGGAGUAGGGCAAGUGGCCAAAAACAGCUGGCUGAAAGGAGGAACUUUAAACAAAGAAACCUCUUCUAAAUAGCUCUGACCUAGGACCAUUGAACACAGCUGGAGCAAGGAAAACAAACCAAUGCUAAUGCACUAUGGACAAGGGUGGAAUGCCAGAGCAAGCUGGGAUUACAGAAAGAGGAAAGAACUCACCUGCAACAUUCAGACAACCAUUCUGGAUUACGGGAGAAAGACUGACACAACAGUAUGAAGUUGAAGGAGACUGAAUUCAAGGACUUCCAUGAUAGUAGGAGAGGCAGUGAAACAGUGAUUGGAACAACACCUCAAACCUUGCACAAAUGGGCAAAAGUGCAACUUGUGGCAGAUGAAAAGAAUUGUGACCCUUGCCAAAAGACUUGGACAUCAUCACAGAAUCUACACUUGUCAAUGUGUAGGUGAGGCAAUGAGACUUACAACAACAUAAUGUUGUCUAAAGUCUAAUUCACAA